AUGGAGUCGAUGAGUAGUAGCGAGGAGGGUUUUGAGGAGCAAUGGGACGACAUGGCCAUCGUGCGGGCGUUUGAGGCAGCAAUGUUGGACCAGCGCACACAAAUUUCCACUUUUUCUCCGUCGAAUGGCGGCAAGCACAAGCACUUGAAGGGUACGAUGGAGGCAAGAACCAUGAGCGAAAUUUGCAAGGACGAUAAAGAGCGGUAUGAAAAUAGGACUACAGUCACGUCUGCAGCAAAUGAAACAGAGAAGCAAGGACGUCCGAAUGCCUUAAAUCGUCAGCAAAAGCAACGAGAAACAGCAGUACAGCAGCAGGUAUCAAGUGAUGUGUAUCAAGCUGCGUAUGCCCAAGCCUACGCGCAUUUUCAAGCCCAAUUCCAGGCUGCGUAUCCUGCUACUAUUUCCCAGCAAUUAAAUGGACUAAACGCGCAGGCACCUGCAGUCACAGUGGCGUCGACAAACAAUCCUCCACCACCACCGCUUGUUCCACCUACACCGACACCCUUUGCUAAUAUGCCUGGUGCUUCAGCCUCGUUUACUGGUGCAACAUCCGUUGCAGGUGGGCCCGACGACGGAUUGGCAAAUGUGCUUCUGGCAUGGUAUCAAUCAGGAUAUUACACCGGUCGCUUUCAGGCCAUGCAAGAAAUGAAGCUUCAUGGUCGUCGAUAG